AGCCCGGGCUGAGGCGCCGCCCUCCAGGCCUCUCCGCCGCGGCGUCUCCCUCGGGAGGGACGGGUCUCCCUUGAGCCAUGCAGCCGGAGGAGGCGCCGCGCCCGGGCCUCGGGAGCCUCAACUGGCCGCCGCCGGGCUGGGCCUGGUCGGAGGAGGGAGCCCCGCUGCUCGCGCCCCCCGAGACCCCCGGCGGCUGCAGGAGGCUGCGGAAUAGUGCAUCGCCAGGCACUUCCUUUGGUUUCUCAGUGUUCAAUCUAAUGAACGCUAUCAUGGGAAGCGGGAUUCUCGGAUUAGCGUAUGCCAUGGCCAAGAUGGGAAUAAUUGGAUUUAGCCUGCUGCUGCUCCUUGUUGCCGUCCUUGCAGCUUACUCUGUGUUCCUGCUGCUCAGCCUGUGCAUUCGCACUGCUGUUACUUCUUACGAAGAUCUUGGCCUCUUUGCAUUUGGCUCGCUUGGAAAGGUCCUUGUGGCCAGCACCAUCAUCAUUCAGAACAUUGGUGCCAUGUCGUCUUAUCUUCUCAUUGUCAAGUCCGAACUUCCUCGUGCCAUCGCUGGGCUUCUGAGCGGGGACCACGGCGGGGCCUGGUAUCUCGACGGACAAUUACUACUCCUGAUCACCUCCGUCUGCAUUGUGUUCCCUCUCGCUCUUCUCCCCAAAAUUGGCUUUCUUGGCUACACAAGUAGUUUAUCAUUUUUCUUUAUGGUGUUCUUUGCUCUUGUGGUCAUCAUUAAAAAGUGGUCCAUUCCGUGUCCUCUCCCACCUAAUGCUGUUGUGGAGUUCUUGCAGGUUUCCAAUUCUACUGAAGACUGUAAACCAGCCCUGUUCAACUUUUCUAAGGAGAGCGCCUACGUGAUACCCAUCAUGGCUUUCUCUUUUCUGUGCCACACAUCAGUGUUGCCGAUUUACUGUGAGCUUCAGAGUCCGUCCAGAAGCCGGAUGCAGAAGGUCGCCAACACAGGGAUCGGCCUGAGCUUUCUUGUUUAUCUUUUGUCCGCGCUGUUCGGAUAUCUGACUUUUUAUGACCAUGUGGAGUCAGAGUUGCUACAAGGCUACAGCAAAUACCUGCCCCACGAUACCCUCAUCACCACUGUGAAAAUAGGCAUUCUCUUGGCCGUGCUGUUGACGGUGCCCCUAAUCCAUUUCCCUGCGAGGAAGGCAGUCAUGAUGCUCUUCUCCCCCCAUCUUCCUUUCUCCAUCAUCCGCCACAUUUUCGUCACUUUGGUCCUCAAUGCCACCAUUGUCCUGAUUGCCAUGUACGUGCCUGACCUCAAGCAGCUGUUCGGAGUCGUCGGUUCAACCACUUCGACUUGCCUGCUCUUUGUCUAUCCUGGGCUGUUUUAUCUUAAACUCAGCACGGAAGAUUUCCUGUCGCGGCAGAAACUUGGGGCUUGUGGGCUGCUCGUUUUUGGCCUCGUGGUCGGUUUCCUCAGUUUAGCGCUGAUAAUUUACAACUGGGCUCUUCAGUGAAAACAUUCUUUCCUCUCGGAACUGCAAACGACACCAGGGGAGCAGCGGCUCAAAUGGAAAUUUCCGACAACGCAUCAAAAUAAAUUAUUCGGUCAAAUGUUAGGAGAAGCCUUCACAUAGCCGUAAAGACUGGACUGGCAAGUCUGGCGUUUUCAUUCAGCAUAGUGCAAUCUUUGUUCUUCAACAGUGCCAGAUAGGCACUAAAUAGCUGGAGGGGCACUGGCUACCAGCGUCUCUGUUCCCCCCUCUCCAGUGGCUUGUCAUGAAAUUAAAUCUGUGGAAUGGGAGUCACAGCACUCAGAAAGGCUCAAUGGCAGAGCAUCCGCUUGGCACGUGGAAGGUCCUGGGUUCAAUCCCCGGCAUUUCCACUUAAAAGAUCAACCAGAAGGUGAUAGGGAAGACCUCUGUCCGAGAACCCGGAAUUAUAGAGUUGGGAGAGACCAGAAGGGCUAUCCAGUCCAACCCCUGCUAAUCAGGAACACACAAUCAAAGCAAAGCCAUCCAGCCCAGUCGCGGAGCUACAAGGGGGCGGGGUGUG